CACCCUACCUUACUGCACCUACAAAACAAAGUAGAGUAGAGAGAGACAGACAGACAGAGAAACACAAGUCGGCACAAUAACAAUAUGCUAGAAAUUCUGCAUUUUCUCCACUAAACCCUCCCGGAAUGGGUACUGAUCCACGGUGGUCGAAUACUCAUUAAUAGUGCUCCAAUCUUAGGUGGCUUCUCGAUUUUACUGGUUUGACACAUCUGCUAGAGAACAAGAUACAAAAUCCGUCCCUCUCAUUACAAACUGAUUAAAGGAACUUUUCAAACAAGACUAGACUGUGUGUCUGAACACAACCGUGUCGCAGAGUGUUACAAAAGCUUCUACCAUCUGCUGGAGAACCGUCUGCUUAAGAUCUCGGCAGCAAAGUUGCUGGCACUCAUCUCACCAUGACCCUGUGUGAAUUUUUUGGAUGUACUUUCUUGGCAUUUGGUCCUGCUAUUGCAAUGUUGACCCUAACGAUUGCCCAAGAUCCCAUCGCAGUCAUAACUGUGUUCGCCAGUGCAUUCUUUUGGCUUCUGUCAGCUUUAUUUUCUUCAAUAAUUUGGCUAUUGUUUGGCCUUACUGGUAUGUCACAGGAAGUUCAAAUAGCUUUAUCUGUAAUUUUGUCUGUCCUCUGUCAGGAGGGAUUCCGUUUUCUCUUGUACAAAACUCUAACACUGCUUGAUAAUGGUCUGAAAAAUAUGUUGGAGACACACACGCAUCUAAUUGACAGAAAGUUGAUGGCCUAUGCUGCAGGUAUUGGUUUUGGAGUCAUGAGUGGUAUAUUUUCACUGAUUAAUGUUUUGGCUGAUGCGGUCGGUCCUGCAACCAUGGGCUUGAGGACAGGUUCUGACAAAUUCAUCCUGGUCUCGGCCUGCUUCACUCUUUGCUUUGUCCUUCUGCAUAUUUUCUGGAGCAUCAUCAUUUUCCCAGCUCUCGAUCAGCGAAAUAUGGUUCAAAUUGCUUGGGUUCUUGUCACACAUCUGUUAGCAUCAACUUUGACUCUGUUAAACUCAAGUGGCCACUCUAUGCUAGCCAUUAUACCAAAUUACAUACUUGUACUUUUAACAGCUUGUGUUGCAUUCCAUGCAGCAGGAGGCAGCAUGAAUAGUUUAAAAGCUGUCAUAGCCAGUCGUUAACGUCUCAUUUAGAGUAUAUUGUCAGUUUCGAAAGAAGUGGAAGAAGACAUCCAAUACUCUGAGUGUUUUCACUUCAGCGGCAUUAGAAGUGAAAGCUUUUGGAAGUUGUUUUUACCUCCCCUCAGAGUACUCUUGUGAUAUUCCAUUUUGAUUAAUUUUAUUAGAAUUAUUGUAUUUGACUGCUUCCUAUAACCAAAAUAAUUAUUCAGUUAUUGAAACAUGUAAACCUCUACUUCUCACUGUCUUAAAAAGGAAGAAGUACUGAUUAUUGUGAUAAUUUUUUUAUCUGAAUCAGAAUGGAGUGUGUCCUAUACUCAUAACAUCUGUAACAUUUGAUAUUUAAAGUUGAAUAGACCUGCUAGCCUGCAGUGUAAAUGUUUACAUUGAAGUGCAAUAUAUUACCUCUAUGACGUGAUCAUUCUUAUCUGUGAAUCACUAUUUUACAAAUGUGUCCUUUGUACAUAUAGUAUAACUUGUAAUAUAUAACUUAUGCAGUUUUAACAGGGCCGUUUUUAAUUCUCAAUCUAACAUACUUGGUCUCCUUGCCAAAAAAAAUUAAAUCAAACAGAUAAAUUAUGUUUGUCAUCCUGCGUACUAAAUGUAAAUUAGUAGUUAAAUAAAAAGCUCACGAACCGUCA